UUCAAAACAAAAAUAGCUCUCAAACGGUGUAAUCAGGCAUUUUGAUCGAUAUCAAAUAAGAAGUAAAGUGAACAUCUGAGUCUUUUAAAUUUUGUGCUUGUGAAAUUUCAAAGUUCGAGACGGUGUUUAAACACGAAAACGGCACUUUUCAAUUACCUGUAUUAAGCUUCAAGCAAAUAUGAUGGAAAAAUUUAAGUCCUCUUUGUGCAACUAUAUGUAGCUGUAGUGGAUCGAAAAUUGAAGACAGUUGUGUGCGUGCAUUUUCGACGCAAACAUUGGAUUACGUGUGUGACCAAAAUAUGCUUUGAUGGUAUAUGUUUAUUAUGACUGAACGAUAGCAAAAGAUCAGACGCAAGCCGAAGCUUGAGUGUGGAGGCGACGAAAGUGAAUAAUAAAAAAAAGACCUCUUGUGCAUUGAGGAAGUGAACGAAACGUUCGAAGUUUCAUAAAGUGAACAAUAACAUAAACCUUGAAGUGUAGGUGAACUUGUCUACCAUAAUCUACCAGUUUAACCAAAUUUGUUGGCUACUAAAGCGAUAAUCUUAUAAAGUUAUCGCCUGUAUCGAGGUGUAUUAAAUGUGCCCACAGCGAACGCAACAUUGCAGAAAUCGCAGAAUUACCAGCACUAAAAUUUUGAAGAAGAGACUCUGUGUACACCCAACGACCAUGUUCAGAAUCGCCCGUGUGAAUAAUAGCUUGAUAAGAGAAAGAUCGCCCAAAAUGGUCAAGUACUCAUUUCCACAUCUAUUCGAAGCCUUGAGUGCGCAUUUUUGUUAAUUUAUUACAUCUCCGCUGUGUGGAGCAUUUGCUGUUGCAAAACAACAAAUUAGCUUUGUAAGCUAAAAAAGCAUCGUUCGUGGGUGUUAAAAAUUGUUCAAGAAAGCUAUUUUAUACUUUGCAUAAGCUUAAAGUACAGUCAAAUUUAAUAUCAAACCAAUAUUAUACAUUACACAUUUGAUAAAUUAAACAACAUGAAAUUACUCGAGAGCACAAGUUUUGAGGCAAUUAAUAAUGCCUUGCAUAUUCAAACUGGAGAUAGUACUAUUCAUGGUCGAAUCGCAAGCUACUCCUGUAAGAUGGCCGGCAAUGACAAGGCCUUGUACAAGCGAUUCACCUCCGAGCAGGCACCGACCGAUCUAGAAGCCCUAUCUCCGCCACAAACCCUACAGGAUCUGUCGCCACAGUUUCUACGCAAUUCACUUUCUGGGGACGAAGGAGUUACCCUGUGCGAUACCAUAUCGCGCAAAACGCUGUUCUAUUUGAUAGCAACGCUGAACUCUGCUUUUGAACCGGAUUAUGAUUUUAGUGAUGCAAAGAGUCAUGAGUUCAGCAAAGAACCUUCCCUCCAGUGGGUUGUCAAUUCGAUCGAAGGAAAUCUUUCUGCGGUGGCAGGCGAACAGUACCAUAAGAUACGCACCGCUCUUUGGUCUACUAUAGAGGAGGAAAUCUCGUUGAACAAUUGCGAUAUUUACAGUUAUAAUCCGGAUUUGAACUCGGACCCCUUCGGGGAACCCGGCUGUUUAUGGUCAUUCAACUAUUUUUUCUACAACAAAAAGAUGAAGCGCAUCGUUUUCUUCACUUGCAGGGCUAUUAAUUCCGUUUACGCAGACUCUGGCUUUAGUAGUGAUUUCCCAAUGGAAGAUGAAGAAUGCUACUAAACUAUAACAUAACGGUUUUCCCUGAUUGCUUGCCGCAAAUAAACAUUUAUUGAACAAAGUCAUAGCCAAAACUCACACUUAAAAGGACAUAACCAUAACCAAUUUUAAAUGGCAUGAAAUAACAAAAGCAAAACUCCAUCCAGAUUGUUAACUUAACCUUUAGUUAAAACUCAAACAGCAUAUAUUGAAAAAAAAAAUAUUCUGACUCAAUAUCAAUUCAACCUAUAAUUGCGUUUGUUAAACAAUAAUGACAUAAUAAUUAGUAACAGUUAAAUCUAUCUAGCUCAUAAUAUUUAGCGGAUACACAACCAAGCGUUGUAACUAUUUCAAACAAACCGAAUUUUGAACAAUUUUUGUAACACUCCACAUAGCACAGCACCGUUACGUGAAGGCAGGUGAGAGCUGCGGUGUGAGAAUUUACGUAACCGUGAGUGCGCGAUGCCGGCAAUGUGUAACCAACUGGAUCAACAAACGACGCUUUCUUCGAACUCUUAAUAUAUGAAACAUAUAUCUAUGUACAUCCAGACAACUAUUAUUAUCAUUUAUAAACCGAUGGGUGUUGUUAUAGUAAAAAGAGAACAUUUAACAUUAUAAGCAAGUAUGCAAAACACGUUUGAGACUGCACUGAAUCGAAAAUUAUGCGUAUAUCGGUCGAAAACAAUACGCAUGAUAUACACAGUUGCUGAAUUGAUCGGAGGAUAAAGAAAAGGAAUUAUAAUUAACGUGCUUUGGCUGGAUACACGAAUAAUUUCGCUUCAGUUUGUAGUCGCCAGUUGGUGAGAUUGCCCCUGUUUUUGUUUGCUAACGAGUUGCUUUUCUUGGCUUAUCACAAUACAAACAUAAAAGUGAAAGUAAUCAGAUAAAAAGUUAUUAUAAAGAAAGCAGAAAAGCUUCAAGCCAGAUGUGAUAAAAGGUUCUGGAAACCUAUUUACAUUUCUUGGUGUGGAUAUUUAUUGGCAAACAUUAACAGUAAUUUAGUACACUCCGUGGGAUAGGGCGGUUAGAGUUUCAUUCAUUACAAUUCAGUUUAGCUAACGUAAUGGAGCCGCAUGUGAGAACUAUUUCAUUGACUGUACCUUGUGAUAUUAGCUUGUAGAAGUUGUAGAUCCAUUAAAGAUAUCAGAACCUCUUAAAAUAUUAGAAAGUUUCCCUUAAAAUCGAUGUGAAUUUUUUUAUAUAUUAUUCAUACAUAUUCAAAACAAAACUAUUAUUAAAAAAACGUUGAACGUAGCAAUAAACAGGAAUCAACAGAUUAUUUCAGCUCAGUUCAAUUUUCAGUAAAAAACUUUCCUUUUGUAUUUCAAUGCCUAUUAGUUUUUUUUUAAAUAAAAUCUGAAGAUCGUUAGAAAGAACAAACAAAAUUUGGAAGCGCGUAUUUAGAUACAUUUUCCAAACGCAACGCAUGAUAUAAAUUUGAGACAAAAAAUCUAGCAUUCGAGCAUAGUUUCUUCAUCACGUAUGCUUUAAGUGAAGUAAUGUGGGUUGAAUGUCGUGCUUGUUAUUGCAAGUCUAAGACUUGCAAGUGUCGUCAAUUACAGUUACAACCUUUUAAGUUAAACUGAAGUCUGAGUUUAAACCUCUGAUUCCGCGAUAAGGCACUAGCAUAUUUUGAAGGGGUUUUAAUCGGAAGGGGCUUCAAACCAAAGAGAUUCAUUCGCCUCAACACCAGCAUAUAUGCGAACCAUAAUUGCAAUUAAACAGGUACGAUUUGCUCAACAUUUUUAUUGAAGCCUCAUAUUCUAUACUACAGUCUGUUUUGAAUAAUCGUUUGAUUUUCUGGUGUACCUUUUCAAAAAUAUCGUUAUAAUUCAAUGCCAAACCGAUACUUGUUUUCAAUCUUUAUUUGUACUAAUAAUAGGCCGUAUGAAUAAAAGAGCUAGAGCAAACGCUCCCACAAGAUUUACACGAGACAAGCAAACCAAACUGUUUUAUUCAUACGGCCUAAUGCGAGGGUACCCGUUUGCAUUAAUUAUUUACUGGUUAACUGUAAUUUAUCAUUAGAAAUAUCCGGGAAUUCUGGCCCGCUUACAGCCUUGAAUGCUGAUUGUGCUACGGUCCACCAGUAGUCGUGUUGCAACAUGUUGGUUGGUCGCCAAUAGAUAGACUUGCCCCAAAUACUUUCCUUCCUUAACUCCUAUUUUUUAGUAAAAAAAAGCACUUAUUAAGUCAUGUCACACAAAAGCCAAUUUUAUGUCAAGAGCGAGCCAGGUACCUGACUGACUGACAAAUUCAAAAUUUUUCCUGUGAAAAGAAUAUUCUAUCAAGUGUAGCUGAAAAAGGCAUAAUGUCGAGCUUCCUAACAUUAUUUUGCAUAUCUGCUAAUAAUAAAAACGAAAUCCGAGUUCCGAGCAUUUUGUGACUACUGACUAGAAUGGGUACCUACCUAAAGCUUCUUUUUUUGUAAUUUUCAUCUUAUGAAAGCGACACUCGAAACGACUUUCCAAUUCGAAGUACUGAUUGUUAUCUUACCUUAAGAUACAUAAACAGCAAUCCUCGCAAGGCUGUGAAACAAAUAUCGAGUUAGGCUUGAUUUAUAGACUCAGUAAUAUAGACUCGUUUCGAUAAUUUUUAUGCUGUGAUUGGCGAUUUAAAGUACCUAAGUUCAAUGCACUUACUAGAGACCACUUUGAAAACUGUCGAAUGCUACUCAGAUCUCAUAUUUUUAAAAUUUAUGCAUAAAUUAACUAAACUUCCUAUCAGAUCCUGUAAUUACUUAGUAUUCAGUAGAAAGAUCUUACAUUCAUCACAAUAUGUGCCCUGCGCAUCGUGAUAACAAGCUGACAAAAACACCCUUGCUCUAGCAUACAUAAAUAAUAGAUCUGGAUACUUAAGCUAAAGCCCUUAUGGCCCGUUGAUAUUUUGUGUUUAUUUAACUUUGUUAGUAAUAAUCCUGUUUGUAUUUCUUUGAAAGGUAUUUUUGUCCUAUUCAAUCUUGUUUGAUUCAAGCACAUCAAUAUUCGCGUGGUGGGUAAAUUUAGACCUUUGAUCACUUGCAAAAAAUAAGAACUUAAAUAAAGUGUUUGGUAUUAGCAAUAAGUUUGACAAAUGAACAAAAUAAUAGAAAUAUUCAACUAUCAUAGUAUCUUUACUAAUACAAUAACAUCAUUUUAACUCAAUUGU